ACUGUUUGAUGUGAAAGCAAGGAUUUCCUGUAUUUUAGCAUGAAGGUGCUGAGGUGCAUAGCUAUUUUAAGGGUUAACAAUUGUAGUCAUUGAUGCGUAUAUAUUAGGCUGUAUUCAUAAAACACUGCGUGUUGCCUGAGUCAACCUCUUACAGUCUAACCGCAGUGACCAAUAGGAAGAACAGAAGAGAAUCCAAGAAAGCUGAGGUUAACUAUGAAUGUACAAUUGUAUUCCAGACUAUUGGUAGUCUUCUUGACCAAUACCGUGUGGACUCGUAAUAUCAGGCCAAUGUAUGAUCAACCUGAUACAUAUGACUGGUCUUUCUACAGCUUUGAGUGUCCACAAGAAUGCUUCUGUCCUCCUAGUUUCCCAAACGCCUUAUAUUGUGAUAGCAAGGAACUUAAAGAAAUUCCAGCCAUCCCAGCAAGAAUCUGGUAUCUCUACCUCCAAAACAAUCUCAUUGAAACAGUUACAGGGAAAUCUUUUGUGAAUGCCACACAACUAAAAUGGAUAAAUCUGAACAACAAUAAAAUUACCAGCAAUGGAAUUGAAAAGGGUGUAUUCGGCAACUUGAAAAAUCUACUCUACUUAUUUCUUGAGAAUAAUGAGUUAGAAGAAGUGCCUGCUCCAUUGCCAUUGAGUUUAGAGCAGCUGCGUUUGGCAAGAAACAAAAUCACUACAAUCCCCGCAGGGGUCUUCAACAAUAUGGAAAACCUCACUGCGCUAGAUCUACAUCAAAACAAACUGUUGGACAGUACUCUCUCAAGUGACACCUUCCAAGGACUUAACAGCCUCAUGCUACUCAACAUCGCUCAAAAUUCACUUACAAAAAUGCCACCAACCCCUCCAGCUAAUGUAAUACAGCUGUUUUUGGACAAUAACUCCAUUGAAGCAAUACCAGAAAAUUAUUUUGAUGCAACGCUCAAACUGAUUUUCCUUCGACUGAACAACAAUAAGUUAACCGAUAAAGGUCUACCAUCCAAAAUAUUUAACAUUUCAUCUCUUCUUGACCUUCAGCUAUCUUACAAUGAACUCACCAAAAUCCCAUCUAUCAAUGUUCACCUCGAGCACCUUUAUCUUGACAACAACAGGAUCGACAGUAUUAAUGGAACCCAAAUAUGUCCAGUUCCUAUCCCAGGGGAUCAUGUCUAUGAGAGGAACUUACCACGACUCCGCUAUCUCCGCCUGGAUGGCAAUGAAAUCAAACCUCCAAUUCCAUUUGACCUCAUGUUAUGCUUCCGACUUCUUCAUGCUGUUGUUAUUUAAGGACAGCUUAGUGUUACCAUUAUUGCGUUAGUAAACAGGUUUUGCUGGCAUUAAACUUGUUAGAACUUCCAGGUGUUUUUCGAUCAAUUAUACUGUCCCCCCAUGGAGUUUGAUUUUUAAUUGUUAGUGUUUCAUCACUUCUUUUUCUUUCUCAAAAAUACUCUCUUGGUACAGCCAACCUGUCCCAAUUAUUUUAAAUGUCACUCCAUUAAGACGAUGCUUUUGCUACUCAAAUGUAUUAUCUAGCUGUGGGUUCCAUAAAAGUUUUGGCAUUCUUCUUCUACACUCUAUACAUAUUGGCCUGCAGAUUCAGGUGUAGUACAUUUCACAUAUUAAGCAAAAGUAGAAUAUAUAAUUGCUUAUUUUGUUAUCUUUUUUUAAAAAAAGAGCAUUGCUGUAGAUGCCAGAUAGCAUGUUUAAUGAUAAAAAUAAGUAGCAGAAAUCUCUUUCCCACCCUCUUCAUUCACACGGAAAGUGUUAUAUUGAAUACAUUAACAGCUGCAACACUGCUUCAUUUUGUUAAAAUGGGGCCAAAUAUCUCUCUUUACAAAAAUGAACAUGUAAAAUCGUACAGUUCAGAAGCUCCAUAUGCAUGGAGCAUGGCUUUCCACCAGCAGUGAUGUUUACACAUGUACUUUCUUACUUGUACUAUUCCCUCAUGAUAUACCAGCAGAAUUGCCAGUAAAUUCCACCUGUAAGAAAUUUCAAGGUAUACCUUAGCAAACCAUCUAAGGAAUUUUGAGGGAAGAGUUAUAAGAAGAUGAAUGCAAGUUAUGUACAUCCCUAAAACACUAACAUUGCUACAAACACAUUUCAUUUAUCAUUGCACAUGAACAGCAGAAGCAGCCUUAGGCAUCUGUUUAUUGAAA